AAACAAUAACGUUUGAUUAUAAAAAUUAAUGGUGUUUUUGACACCUAUUGGCGAGUAGUCGAACUGUCAACUGUCACAAAGUCUAUUUUGUGUAGUCAACAUAACCUCACUAUUCGUACAAUUUAAACAAUGACCGAAAGCAGGAUAUUCGACUUACUUUUAAAAGACGAUUUAAAUAACCCCACUGAUUGUACGUUGGCCAAAUUAAAUAAGCAACAUGUAGAUAUAAUUUCCAAAAAGUUCACGGACGUUAUUUACAAUUCUUUAAAGCAAAACUCCCAAAAUAACUCAAAUAGAGGUUUAAUAUUGCAAUACAUUAACAAUGUUUGUGGAACAAAUGAGGCGCACUUACACGAGGAAAGUUACAGUUUUGCCUUGAACAAAGUUUUAAACCAAGUCAAAAAUGAUGAGCUGCAACAUAUUUUAAAACAAGCCCAAGAUGAAUUAAAUGGGCUGAAAUGUAACGAUUUGGCUUUGCAAAUUUUAAAACACAAUAAAAGGAAAAAUUGUCCACAAAUUAAGAAAAAAAUUGAGUUUAUCAAAAAGUGGGAUCAGGAACAAAUAGAUUCACACUUUAAAAGGCACAUUUCAAUACAAAGAAACUCAAAUUAUUAUGAAACAAGUGCUGAACUAGUGAGUUCUUUAUUAGGGCAACCAAAAACUGAUUCUGUUGCAAGGGAUAAUAUUAAGGAUAAGGAUUUUAGAAUGGAGCAAAUAAAAAGGGCUUAUUCAAUACUAAAUUUGCACAAUAAACCUGAAACACUAAUGGGGAUAUUAGACACAUUAAAACAAUAUAAAACUUUAGAAUCAUUUGAAAUUGAGUUUAUUUAUUGCUUAUUUAACACCUCUGAUAGGACAAAAAUCAUCAAGUACAUAAUAGAAAACUUUCCCUUCACAUAUGAGAAGGUGGUGCUAAGGCUGUGUACAAAAAUAAUCAAGUGUGAGGAUGAACAACAAGUAGAGGAUUGCUUUGGGGCUAUUUUAAAGGAUGCGUCGUUCACACAUCUGAGAAAUCUAUGUCUAGAGAAUGUUGAACUUAAAUGUAGAAUUAGGUGUCUAAUUUAUGAAUUGUACAGUCAUAGUUUUUGUAAUAAGAAUUUAAUACAGUUUUGUAAUUUAUUUAAUUGAAUAAAAAUUUCGUGAUAAUAUUUUGUGUGUCAUUUAAUUAUAACAAAGUGCAUACUCUUAUAAAUGCUAAUCAAUAUUAAAUUUACACAAUAAUUAAUUAAUUAACGCCUAAUAUACAUUAGAUUUUAAUGAGUAAAAGAAAACAAACAAAAAUAUUGUUGCUAGGCUCCCACUACAUAUUUUUGAUACUCUGACUUAGAAGGCUUGGAAAUCCCCUGUGAACUGGAUUUUCGUGGUGUAUAAAACAAAUGAAGAAAAAACUUUAGGUCGUCAAGACAACUAAAAAUAGAUAUUAGUUAUAAAUCCACAGA